CCACACUUCCAACCAACACUCUCUAAACUCCAACCCAUCCCUCUCUCUCUCUCCGUCCCUCUCUCUUGCUCUCCGUCGUUGAGAAGCAGCUGCAGCCAUGGCGCAGUACAGCAAGGUCGCCCCGACCCCUCUUCUGAAAGACGAGCUCGACAUCGUCAUCCCCACCAUCCGAAACCUCGAUUUCCUCGAGAUGUGGAGGCCCUUCUUCCAGCAGUACCACCUCAUCAUCGUCCAGGACGGCGACCCGUCGAAGGUGAUCAAGGUCCCGGAGGGGUUCGACUACGAGCUCUACAACCGCAAUGACAUCAACCGGAUUCUGGGUCCCAAGGCGUCCUGCAUCUCCUUCAAGGACUCUGCUUGCAGAUGCUUCGGCUACAUGGUCUCCAAGAAGAAGUACAUCUUCACCAUCGACGACGAUUGCUUUGUUGCCAAAGAUCCUUCUGGCAAAGAUAUCAAUGCACUUGAGCAGCAUAUCAAGAACCUUCUGUCUCCGUCAACUCCAUUUUUCUUCAACACCCUGUACGACCCAUACCGUGAAGGUGCAGAUUUCGUUCGUGGAUACCCCUUCAGUCUACGUGAAGGCGUCCCAACCGCUGUUUCUCAUGGCCUUUGGCUCAACAUUCCGGACUAUGAUGCUCCCACCCAGCUUGUUAAGCCCCGAGAGAGAAACACCAGGUUUGUGGAUGCAGUCCUGACCAUUCCCAAGGGAACUCUUUUCCCCAUGUGCGGCAUGAAUCUGGCAUUCGACCGUGAGUUGAUUGGACCUGCUAUGUACUUUGGACUCAUGGGUGAUGGUCAGCCAAUCGGGCGCUACGACGACAUGUGGGCUGGCUGGUGCAUGAAGGUUAUUUGUGACCACUUGGGGUUGGGAGUGAAGACAGGAUUGCCCUACAUCUGGCAUAGCAAGGCAAGCAACCCAUUUGUGAACCUUAAGAAGGAAUACAAAGGAAUCUACUGGCAAGAGGAGUUGAUCCCGUUUUUCCAGUCCGCCACCCUCCCAAAGGAUUGCACCACCGUUCAGGGCUGCUACCUUGAACUCUCCAAGCAAGUCAAGGCCAAACUUGGCAAGGUCGAUGAGUACUUCGUCAAGCUUGCAGAUGCCAUGGUCACAUGGGUCGAAGCAUGGGAUGAGUUGAACCCAGUCGAAGGAAAGGCUGUUGAGGCUAACAAAGUUGUUGCGAAAUAGAUUGAUUUCUGUUGACAUUAUCAUUGCUUUCGAUAGUCAGUCAUAGGGCCUGUUUGUAAUCUGAUCGUCAUUUUUUCCCCGAGCUCUUGGUUUCGAGCUACGGGAGUAUUUAUUUGGCGGAUCGGAGAAGAUGUUUUCUUAUUUAUCUCAGUUCCAUGAGCUUAGAACAAUAAUAUGAUGACGGAUAUGUAUUUCUAUUACAAUUUAAAGCGUUAGCUUAUUUAUUCGAUUCAACGAUGACUCAGUGACAGUUUUGUUUGUUA